AGAAUCAGGCCUGCACAACCCCCAGUAUAUAAGGUAUGCUAAGGGCGCCUCGCGCUAUUGCAGGCUGUGGUGUGUUAUCGUGUAGUUCUCCUGCAGAGUUUGGAGAAGGCGGCAGCAGACUCUGCUGCCGCAGGCUGGAGCCUGUGGUGCCAGGGCUCGCCUUGAGUGGUGUGUGGCGGCAAUGGAGAGAGGCAGCUGGCAGUGACCGCUGCUCCGUGCCUGGCUACAAGAAGGAAAGGAGAAAGCACCUACCAUAGGCUGGAGGUUGGAGCCUGCAGGACUGUGGCUGGCCUCGCUGGCUCGCCUCCCUGGCUGGCCUCGCUGGCUCGCCUCCCUGGCUGGUCUCGCUGCGGUUGGUGGCAGCGACGGACACUGCAGCUGGCCAGAGCGUAGAAAGGCAAUGGGGUGGCUUUUUUGGCUUUGUCUGCCCAGCUGUUCCAUGCCAGGAGGAGGAGGAGUUACAUGCUGGAAGCUUGCAGAUGGCCUGGGGCUGCUGCUUGCCUUGCUGCGGUUGGUGGCAGCUACCGAGACUGCCUCGCGCCAGAGCGCAAGGUAAGCUGUCAUCAGUUGGAGGUAAGCGGAAGACAGUAGAGAGUACAGAGCCCUGGAUUGUGACUCAGAGGAUGAGCACCAGAUCCAGUUUGCUGUGCCACAGUGCCUUCUCCAAAGUCACUCACAGAAGGCAUCCCACUCAACCUCACCUUGGGGCAAAUCAAAAUAGUCCUCCUUCUGAAGCUACCGGGUAAAGCGGUGGUAGCUGUGCAGCUGCUGCUGAUCAACAGGCUCCAGAAACAGCAGCAGGAGUGGCUUUUUAUCUGAGAUCUACAACUUAUGAAGAAUACAAAUGACGUAUAUUCUUUUCUUCUCUUUGUGUAUGGAAUAGAGGGGCUUGCACAGUAGUAAGAAAAAAAUGGCUGAGACCCACAGGAACAAAGAAACAGGACAGGAGUUAGAUGCAGAGAAGAGAUUUCAACAAAAGUUUGGAAAAGAUGCUAACGGUAGCAUAUGAGUCACAGACAGAAUAUUGGCACCUUUGUUUAAGCAACUGAAUGUUAAUGUCACAUCUGCCUUUGGAGAUUACAAAUGAAAUGGCUACCUUUCUACUGGAACCCUGACCAGAAGCCUGCCAGUUAGUAAGCUGGCUUAAGAGAUCAAUCUAAAAUUUACAUAAGGCUUUUGAAAAAAAGAAAAAAGUAAGCCUUUAAAAAGGCCAAAAGGAAACUGUGGUGGAAUUAAAGCUAUAUUAUGAAAAGAGUAAAUUGAAGAAAUGGAAACUGCAAAUUACACCAAGGUGACAGAAUUUGUUCUCACUGGCCUAUCCCAGACUCGAGAGGUCCAACUAGUCCUAUUUGUUAUAUUUCUAUCCUUCUAUUUGUUCAUCCUACCAGGAAAUAUCCUUAUCAUUUGCACCAUCAGGCUAGACCCUCAUCUGACUUCUCCUAUGUAUUUCCUGUUGGCUAAUCUGGCCUUCCUUGAUAUUUGGUACUCUUCCAUUACAGCCCCUGAAAUGCUCAUAGACUUCUUUGUGGAGAGGAAGACAAUUUCCUUUGAUGGAUGCAUUGCACAGCUCUUCUUCUUACACUUUGCUGGGGCUUCGGAGAUGUUCUUGCUCACAGCGAUGGCCUUUGACCGCUAUGCUGCUAUCUGCCGACCCCUCCACUAUGCUACCAUCAUGAAUCAACAUCUCUGCUGUAUCCUGGUGGCUCUCUCCUGGAGGGGGAGCUUCAUUCAUUCUAUAAUACAGGUGGCUCUCAUUGUUCGACUUCCUUUCUGUGGGCCCAAUGAGUUAGACAGUUACUUCUGUGACAUCACACAGGUUGUCUGGAUUGCCUGUGCCAACACCUUCCCAGAGGAGUUAGUGAUGAUCUGUAGUAGUGGUCUGAUCUCUGUGGUGUGUUUCAUUGCUCUGUUAAUGUCCUAUGCCUUCCUUCUGACCUUGCUCAAGAAACAUUCAGGCUCAGGUGAGAAUACCAACAGGGCCAUGUCCACCUGCUAUUCCCACAUUACCAUUGUGGUGCUAAUGUUUGGGCCAUCCAUCUACAUUUAUGCUCGCCCAUUUGACUCAUUUUCCCUAGAUAAAGUGGUGUCUGUGUUCAAUACUUUAAUAUUCCCUUUACUUAAUCCCAUUAUUUACACAUUGAGAAACAAGGAAGUAAACGCAGCCGUGAGGAAGUUGGUCACCAAAUAUAUUUUGUGUAAAGAGAAGUGA